AGGAUGGAUCGGGCAGGUCCGGAGAGCAGAAAGGGUCAGGAUCACUGGCAUCUCCAUAAAAUCAGGUGUGGCUUGACAGAAGGAGAGAGGGAGAGCAGGGGCUUUGCAGAAUCAUGAAGGUGUUGAGGAAGCAGGAGCUGAAGAAGGCUUUGGAAGCACUCAGACAUUACUUUCCCCAGUCACAAGAGAAACCAGACUUUUUUAAUGAUGUGAUCGUUUUUACUAAGGGCAAAUCAUGUCUCAGGAACAUACUAACCAGGACAGACGUUCUAGACUGGAAGCAGUUCAUCAGUCUAAGUAUUGACCUGCAGCAUGAGGAAAUGUUAAAGGCUGUAGCAUUGAGCAAUGGUGUACCAAUGAACAAAAUGAUUACCAGCCACUUAAUGAGCCUGGAGGAUCCAUCCAACCUUCCAUCUGACAGGUUAUCUAUUCAAGUCUCAUCAGUCAAGGAGUCUCAUGUUGCUCUGAUCAACAGCGCAUGGAAGUUUGGCAAGGGUGAAUUCACUGAGCCCCUGGUCAGGAGUAUGAUCUUGAAUUACCCUUCAUGUUGUGUACUUGACUCAGAGGGACAGCCGGUGUCAUGGAUAUUGACCUAUUCUAACUGUGCGAUGGGAAUGGGGUACACACUCCCAGAGCACAGACGGAAAGGCUACUCCAAAGCCCUGGCCACCAUAUUGGCAAAGAAACUGCAUUCGGAGGGCUAUCCAGUGUACUGCUUCGUUGAAGAGGAGAACCAGUUGUCUUACAGCCUCUUAAAAAGUUUAGGCUUCAUUGUGGAUCUGUCUUAUAGGAAUUCUUGGUUUUACUUCAAUCAAUUGUCUCUGACUCCAUAAGUAGUUUGGGACAAGGAACAUUCCUGUCAUGAUUGCACGAUUGAAGGGGGUGCACACAUUUAUUAUCUUGUCCACACGUACUCCAUGACUGGUUGGCUGUCCACUCCUCCUUUAUCAUAUCAUUGUCCUUUCAUUAUGUAAAACGAAUAAAACCAUGAGAAAACAACCCAGUGUUUAUUAUGAUGUUGGUUGUUACUGUGGUGUGCUCUGUAAACUUAACAGGUGUAUAUGCAUAUUGUGGAAACCUCAUACCAAAUGUCUACCAAAGGUCGAAUGAUAUCUCAUUUAAACAAAUUUAACAAUAAACCCAGCCUUUUAGAUUAUACAUAAAGUGUUAUUGUUUUUCUAUUGGAUUAGCAAAUUAAAUUCAUACUAAACAUUAUUUUGUAAAUCCCAAAUAAUGAAAAAAAGAUAGACACUUCCCUGUUUCUCAUGGUGGUGAAGCUGGG